CUGCCUUGAUCUGUCAAAGUGACAUUAUCGCUGUAUGUCGCCCGAGAUAAAACGUGCAAAGUCCAGGGGCUGCGUUCCAGGAGGGGAGAAGGGAGGAGAGACACCACCGGGCACCGCCAUUUACACUCUGACGGGUAUUGCAGGCGUUCUGUGGCGGGGUGGGGAGAGUCACUGGUGACGUCACAUGCCUGGUGCAGACUGACGGGCUCAGGGGGGAACCCCAGUCUACGGGGUGUCCUAUGACUCUGAGGGGUUUUAUUAGCGCCAUCUAGUGGUCGUUUUAGGAACUGUCAGAUGCGCUUUGCAUAGGCUUGCCUGUAGUUGCAAGGUAUUGUGGGACUUGAUGUGACCUUUGUGCUGUUGUGAGACUACAACUCCCAUCAUGCCAUGACAACCUGCAUUCAUAAUUUAUAAAAGACACGUGGGGGGGCCUUUCAGCCAUGUCGCCCUAGCUGCGUAGAGAAGCAUACUUACCUGCUUCUCCUUUGGUCCCCCAGGUGCUGCUGACGCGUUUUGAAUCCCUCUUCAAACCAUUGCCUGGCAGCAGAGGUGACGUGUCCUCCGCGUGUCACGUGACCCGAUGAUAUGACACACUGCGGACCCCUGUCAAACAGGAAGUUUACCCGUGGGGACCGGAACGCGGCAGCGGCCUGAAGGAGCUGAAACCCAGCGGCAGAGAGCAGCUGGCAGAGGUGGAUGGACCAUGAAGGUGAAGGUGAUUUCCGUCUUGGAUGACAACUACAUGUAUCUUAUCAUAGAGGAACGCACAAGAGACGCCAUUGCGGUGGACGCAUCGGUUGCCAAAAAAUUGUUGGACAUCGUGCAGAAAGAGAAUGUGAACCUGAAAGCCAUACUGACCACCCACCACCACCUAGACCAUUCCCGGGGUAACGCAGACCUUGUACAGCAGUUUCCCGAGCUGCCCGUCUACGGCACAGACGAACGGAUCGGGGGAUUAACCCACAGAGUCGUUCACAACCAAAUGUUAAAGUUCGGGGACAUAAAUGUGAGGUGUCUGUUCACCCCGUGCCACACGUCGGGCCACGUCUGCUUCUACAUGUGGGAGGAUGGGUGCCCGGACGCCCCCGCUUUGUUUUCAGGUGACACCUUGUUUGUUGGAGGCUGUGGACAAUUUUUUGAAGGGACAGCAGAACAGAUGUACAAAAACCUGAUCGAAACUCUGGGUUCACUGCCCCCCGAGACGAAAGUGUUUUGUGGCCAUGAAUACACUGUUCGGAACCUAAAAUUUGCCCUAAAGGUGGAACCAGACAAUGAGCAUGUUAAGGAGAAGCUGUCCUGGGCCAAGGCUCGCGAUGAUGAUGACAUUCCCACCGUCCCCUCCAGCCUGGAGGAAGAGUUUCUUUAUAACCCCUUCAUGCGAGUAAGGGAAGAAGCAGUUCAGAAGUUCACAGGGAAGACCGACCCGGUCGAGGUCAUGAGAGUUUUAAGGAAAGAAAAGGACGAAUUUAAGAAGCCGAAGGACCGACUGCCAAUCCCAGCUCUCCUGGCCUAUCAGUGGGGUCUCCUGAACCAGUCGGCGUCAGCACAUGAAUAGACAUUGCAUACCAACAUAAUAUAAAGGUCACAGGACUUUACAUUUGUCACGCCAAGGAGCCGUCUACAUGGGGUUACAUAGGACUGCAGGCAAAUAGGUGAAUGACAAAUUCAGCUCUGCGCUAUUCCACAUGGGGGUGGUCUUGCCUCUCUACAUCACUAGAAAUCACCCACGUAGCCUAUGUCUCAGGCCGGCCGUACAUAAGAUAGCUGUAGGUUGAGGCCCCCAUACAUAUGGACAUCUGGCUGAGCAUGCAUGUGUUCCCCAUGGGAAGAAGGGAGUAAACCACU